UAUCUGCAGCUGCAAUUUCCCCUCUCGGCCAGUAGGCGGCUCCCGCGCUAAGCUGGCACCGCCUCUGAUGUUACGGCUGCACGCAGGGAGGGAGCCGAGGGCCAACCGAGGAAGUUUCCUGCUUGGCUGCGAGCGAGGUCCCUGCAGCCGCGGCAGGGUGAAUGCCAGGGCGUCCACCGCUUGUCGCCGCCUCAGUUCGCAAGCGACGCUGCAAGGAGGGCAUGAGGAGCCGGCGCGCCUUGAGGAGCCGAGCUGGGCGAGUUCCCCGAAGCCUAUAGCAUCAUCUUUUAGUCGGUCCAUGAUGGAAUGCUCCUGUUCACUCUUGUUAAUUUCCAUUAGUUUUCUACACACUGAAGCUUUACAUGACAAUGGAACUGUGCCACUUAAUGAUACAACAACAAGUCCUCCAAAAGAAAACGGUCCACCACCACAUCUGUUGACUUCAAUGCUGAUCCUGACUCUGGUGUUCAUAAUUUUAAUUCUUUUAGCUGGCUAUUUCUUCAGGUUCAAGAAACACAGAAAAGCAGUUGUGAAUUCCAGUGAUAAAAAAAUACCGAAUGGAAUCUUGGAAGAGCAAGAACAACAAAGAGUGAUGCUUCUCAGGAGGUCUCCCUCUGGCCCAAAGAAGUAUUUUCCUAUUCCAGUGGAGCACUUGGAAGAUGAAAUACGGACAAGAGCAGCUGAUGAUGGGAAGUUAUUUCGGGAGGAGUUUAAUUCAUUACCACCUGGAUAUAUGCAAGGAACACUUGAGAUGGCAAAUAAAGAGGAAAACAGAGAAAAGAAUAGAUAUCCUAACAUACUACCUUAUGACCAUUCCAGAGUACUUUUAAUGCAAAUAGAUGGCCUUCAGUGCUCAGACUACAUUAAUGCUUCAUACAUAGAUGGCUACAAGGAAAAAAAUAAAUUUAUAGCAGCUCAAGGUCCUAAACAAGACACUGUAAAUGACUUCUGGAGAAUGAUAUGGGAACAAAAGUCUGCAACUAUUGUCAUGUUAACAAAUGUAAAAGAGAGAAAAGAGGACAAAUGUUUCCAGUACUGGCCUGAUCAGGGAUGUUGGACUUAUGGAAACAUCCGAGUUUCUGUGGAGGACUGUAUAGUUCUUGUGGAUUAUACUAUACGGAAGUUUUGUAUUCAGUCACAGGUUUCUGAUGGCUGCAAAGCUCCAAGACUUGUUACGCAGCUUCAUUUCACCAGCUGGCCUGAUUUUGGAGUGCCUUUCACCCCUAUUGGAAUGCUGAAAUUCCUAAAGAAAGUAAAAUCUUUGAAUCCUGCACAUGCUGGACCAAUUGUGGUUCACUGCAGUGCUGGUGUGGGUCGGACAGGCACGUUCAUAGUAAUAGAUGCUAUGAUUUGCAUGAUGCAUGCUGAGCAAAAAGUUGAUGUUUCUGAGUUUGUGGCAAGAAUCCGCAAUCAGCGCCCACAAAUGGUUCAGACUGAUAUGCAGUAUUCCUUCAUUUAUCAAGCCUUACUUGAAUACUACCUCUACGGUGACACAGAACUAGAUGUGUCCUCUUUAGAAAAGCACCUGCAGCCAUCGCACAAUGCAGCACCAAAUCUUGUCAAACUAGGGCUAGAAGAAGAGUUUAAAAAAUUAACAAAUGUUCGAAUAAUGAAAGAAAACAUGAGAACUGGUAAUCUGCCAGCAAAUAUGAAGAAAGCCAGAGUUAUCCAAAUCAUCCCAUAUGACUUUAAUAGAGUGAUUCUUUCAAUGAAAAGAGGUCAGGAGUAUACAGAUUAUAUCAAUGCUUCCUUCAUAGAUGGCUAUCGCCAAAAGGAUUACUUCAUUGCAGCUCAAGGACCUCUUCCUCAUACUGUGGAAGACUUCUGGCGAAUGGUGUGGGAGUGGAAAUGCCACACAAUUGUUAUGCUUACGGAAGUUCUGGAAAGGGAGCAAGAAAAAUGUUUUCAGUAUUGGCCAUCGGAGGGUUCUGUUACUUAUGGAGAGAUUACCAUUGAGAUAAGGAGUGACUCACUUGCUGAUGCCAUAAGCAUAAGGGACUUUCUGAUUACACAUAAUCAGGAGAAGCUUGGCAGAGUUGUCCGACAGUUUCAUUUUCAUGGAUGGCCUGAAAUUGGAAUUCCUGCUGAAGGAAAAGGAAUGAUUGACCUCAUUGCAGCUGUGCAAAAACAGCAACAGCAGACAGGAAACCAUCCCAUUACAGUGCACUGCAGUGCUGGAGCUGGAAGAACAGGUACAUUCAUAGCACUCAGCAAUAUUCUGGAACGAGUCAAAGCUGAGGGACUUUUAGAUGUAUUUCAAGCUGUGAAGAGUUUACGAUUGCAAAGACCACAUAUGGUUCAAACACUGGAACAGUAUGAAUUCUGCUACAAAGUGGUACAAGAUUUCAUUGAUAUAUUUUCUGAUUAUGCUAAUUUUAAGUGAAAAUUCCUGCCUUAUUUUUUAUUUAAUCAUUUGUACAGAUAUUUGUAAAUCAUGUUAAUUUAUUUCUAUUGUUUUUUAAAAAACUCUAAAUGUACAUAUUACCAUGUUAGUUUUGCUCAGAAUGUUUCCUUAGAUGUAUAAAUUACUAAGACUUUCACUCUGAUCCACAAGAGCAUGCACCAAAGUCUCAAAAACGUUAAGAACCUUCCAAUCAGCUGUUUGAUUCCAAACUCUCACUUUCUCUCCAAAACAGCUGACUGGUAAAAUUAUAAUUAUUUUGAAAGGCUCCACAUGUGCAGCUCUGACACAUAAAAGAGAGGAGCUGCAUAUACAGAACGCUUUUCUAUGUGGGUGUCCCUGUCCAGCUGGAAUAUACAAAGCCUGUCUCUAAUGCUCCAACCUGGAUCAAGGUGAUUUUAAAAGUUUUGCAUAACAGAUGGCCAUGUACAAUAUAUCACAGUAUACAUCAUUAUAAAUAUAGGGCACAAUCCAGCCUAUGUUAGGCAUAUUUAAGACCCACUGGUUUCAGUGGAGGGUAUUCAUCUUUAUGCUUAAUAUUUCCCAUUGAAUUUGAUGAGAUGUGGAUUCCAGUUAAUGGUCUGGGAGCACCUAAUCCUGCAGCAUUCUGAAGCUCAGCAUACAUGGAUCUGAUCAGUCCCUUGGAUGAGAGACCAGUGGGACUUGCACAUGGAAGAGCGCAAAAUAAAUAUUUUAAAAACAUAUAAAUGGGACAUUAAAAAUGCUCAAUUUUGGCUGGAUCAUACCUUUAUUUUGCCUAAACACCUGUGAAAUUAUGGCUUUGUAUUUUUAACUAACAUAUGACUUAUAAAAUAGCCCCUAAUGUUUUUAAAGCAAAGGAAAAAAGUAAAAGUAGAGCCAACUUCACAUUCUUAUCAACACAUAUUUGUUUACUUGGAUUAAGUUCCAUACAAUGAUCAUAAUCUACUAGGACACUCUGUGCACACCCCAUUGAAAUGAGGGUGGGCUGCCCAAGAACAUAUACAUCUGCUUGUGCAAGCUGCAUUCAUGACAAUAAUGUUUGCACAGAACGUUCUGGUUUUUUGUUGCAGUGUUUUGAUGUUUUUAUUUUCAUUAGCACUUGCUCCACGUAUAAACCUACUAAUAUUAAUAUGAAUUGUGAAAGACACUAUUUGAGGUGUGCUAGAAAGAUCUGUAAGUAUAAAAAUUAACUUUCAACACCGAGGUUAUACCUAUUUGCUUUUUGGGUAUUUUUUGCAUUCUCACAGUUAAGCACAACACUUUUAGUGUAUUAUAUAAAAUGGUACAUGUAUCCUCCACAAGCAACAGUAUGAGAUUUGAACUUUAGCUAUAUAAAAAGUAUAAUAAUUUUUUAAUGACAAGAUUAUCUAGAUUUUAAUUGCAAGCUGUCACAGUGCAAAUACAAAUACUGAGUUUGUUAAAUUCAGUUAAAUAGUCUUAAAAGAGCAUCUUAUUUUAUUCUAAUGUAAUUUUUAAAGUAGUAACAUAAAGUAACAUAUUUAAUAUAAGUGAAUUUAUCACUAUUUAUCAAUAUUUUGAAACUAAUUUUGUAUUUUGAAAAGUAAGAAGUUUUGUUCCUGCUGUCACAAAUAUAUAAAGAAAAAAUUAUCUUCAAUUUAAAACAAUGUAGCUGAAGUUGGUUGUGACUGAGUACCACUGAAAGCAAUGGGACUUAAAAUUAGUAGUGGCAAAUAUGUUCCAUUGGUAUCAAUGGAGCAUAAUCAUUAACCUAAUCAGGACUAAUAUAUGAGAAUAGCAUUUACUGAGGUGAAAGACAUUUACUUCCAAGUAAUGUCCUUGAGACCAUGGUGUUAGCAUUCAUUCAAAUACACACAUAAAUAUACUUGUGUUCCCUUUAUGUCAGUAGUACGUAAGGGGAAUUAAUGAUGUCCUGGACUAUGUCCCUAUGAAUGUUUAACACCAAAGUGCAUACAGGCCCCCUAUAUGAACUGCAGUUUCUUUAUUUUCCAACUUACUGUGUAUUAUAAGUACACAGAACAGACCCCACAGAAGUCAAUGAAGAAGGCUUUGCUGACCAGGAGCUUCAUGUAUAUGUAGUAGUGCUCACAGAACUUGAGAUUAGGCUGCUAGUGUGCAACAAAUCAUGACUGUUAGAGCACAAAACCUAUUUCAUUUUGAUCAGACUUGCAUAGUGGGUUGCAUCCUAGAGGUUUUAUUUUAAUAGGCACAAUAACUUUUCAACAAAAAACAACCCAAAAGAUCUUACCAUUUUUUUAAAAAAAGAUUUAAAUAAGAUAAAAUCAUCUUGGUUCAAGCAAGGGACGGGGGAGAAUUAUAUAUAUAUGAAAAUAUUGCCAUCUGAACAGAACUAAUUUGGGAGACAAAUGACAAAACACAGUACAUUUUAUAACUUCCCCCCAUCUUUUAGAAGAUAUACAUAAAAGAGCACAAGUACUAAAAGAAUAAUUUAUCUAUAAAUAUCUAAUAUGCAACAGUUCUGGCUUCCUCAGAUUUCUGAAUACAAAAAAGAGCCUUAUUGACAGCUAUGUAGACUGUAACCUGGUCACUAACCUUCAGCUCCUGCACUAUUUUAUUCUAUGAUCAUUUUAAUACAGUGUCUGGAAGAAAAGGUAGAUGCAGAGGAGUACAAGGUGUCUGUAUCAAUCUUUUACUUGUUGACUUUUAAUUGAAAAUAGUUCAGGUUAAAGUUUAUAAGCACACUGUUUUUAAAGUACUGCCAUUUAUUGCUUGUGUCUUCCUAGUAAUGCACUUCUGUAAAUCUGUAAAUAUAUGUACAGUUGUUAUGCACUUAAUAGAAUUUAUUGUAAAAUGUGAUUGAUGUUAAGCUCUCUAACCCCAAAAACCAAACACCUUAAUUUGAUUGAGUUAAAUGUAAAAGGAGCUUUCUAUCAUAGUAAGUUUUGAAAUCCAAAAUGCCUAUGAGGAAUGAACAGUCCAAUAUGCAGUGGACCCAAACCUGUGAACCCACUAAAAGAUGAAGAUAGGACUUUUUAAGCAACAGUUUCCACAAGCUACUUUGGAAGUAGCUUCUAGCAGCCUUAUGAACGUUGGAAGCUUUCUAAUACAUAAUUGUAGAAAUUGCUAUUGAUUUAUUUUUAAAGGUAGGCAUGGCAGAACAAUAUUCAUAUUAUUCCCAAUAUCUCUUGUUUUGUUACAACAGAGACAUGUUCUAGUCCUGCAAAAGGAUGAACUGAUACUGAGUUUUUGAACUCCAAAAAUUAGGAAUGCUUUAGGCAUUUUGGUGUCUUUAGUGAAUAUGUUCCCCUCAAUUUUCUUGGCUUCAUGUCUAAUGGCCCCUUCACACUUACCAAGCUGAAUAAGCAUCUUUACCUAACACAAAAUGGUCUUUUCAGUCACCAAUUCAGGCUGCAAUCCAAUACAUGUCUACUCAAAAAUAAGCUCCAUUAGGUUCAAUGGGCCUUACUUCCAGGUAACUGUGUAUUGGAUUGCAGCCUUAGUCUCCCUCUUCUAAUCUUAUCUCUCACUUCCUAAACUGUCAGUAAAUCCAGAGUACCAUAGCUCACUGCUGCUUACGCACACUGAUGCUUCAGCAUCUGACCCAUGGCACUAGAAUUCCUUGCUUCCUUUAGUAUCAGGUCCAGUAGCCUCCUUGAUGUCUAAUAAGCAACCAUAGCUAUGACUGUAAGACUUACUUAAGAGAAAGCAUUGCACUUGAUCAUUUUAAAAUUACCCAAGCAAAAACAUAUUUCCAGAUGUAGAGAAAAAUACUGCCCUGGUAGAAGUAAGCAAUUAUUAGAUAAUAUCACUCUUCUACUAGUUCUGCUACAUGUAGCAAGACUUGCCACAUGUGAGAACAAAAAUCCAGCCAAAUCAGUUUAUAUCACAACUAAUCCAUUUUAUGAGGUUUGUGAAUUGCAAUCUUAGGAAGUGUUUUUCACUUUAGGUGUUCAAACAAGACUGCGAUACUUUGUACAAUGGUGUAACAAACAUGUUUAAGGGUUUUCACACUUAAAUUUUUUACAUUGCAUGAGAUUGCAUUAAUAAAUGCCAAAUAGCGAUUAGAAAUUUAUAUGUUCUGAUCUGCAUUACUAGUCACUAUGUGACUCAGUUUAUUGUCUUGCGUGACAGUGGACACUGAUUGCCAAAGCUCUUAAGUACAUGCUUAACUUGGAAACAGUGCCCAAGUAGUAAUAUUUAUUUCAAAGUGUGUUUCUAGAAACCCCUGGUUUUUUUAUCAAUUUAUCAGGGAUUCAACAAUAGCCCUAUUAGCACCUUAACACCCCCACGUGAUUAGAAUUUUGUGAGGGGAGAGCAGGGGGAUGUCAACUCACCUCACACCCAUUCAUCAUGUUCCUGUUCCCUCCCCCUCUGCAUCAGAAAGCCUUCUUUAGUCAUGUAGAUCCUUUUGUGAUCUUUAUGCAUGAUCAGGGGCCUAAAUCAUGUGGAGAGCUAACACUAACACAGCAGGCUCCUCAUUCCAGGCCUGUGUCCUCCAGUGCAUGGAGGGAGCAGGGCCAGCAAGUUCUUGUCAGCUCUCCUAUUGUCACAUGCGCCUUUUAAUGCCAUAAUAGGGCUAAUGAAAAGAUUAAGAACUGUGACUAAGCUGACCAAAAGAUAUCUUCUCUUCUUUACUGAUAUUUUCCUGCAGUGUAUAGGCACAGGGGAAUAUUGGAUGUGCAGGAGAAUGUUGGUUGCAGGCCUGGCAUCAGAUUGGCAAAGUCGGGCAGGGGUCCCUCUAAUGCCUUGUAUUUGCAAAAAUGUUUCUUGGGUGCACACAUGCAUGCAAAUACGUAUGCACAUGGAUGCAGUUUUGUUGGGAGAGGAAGGCUCUGGUCAUAGCCUGGCUAUUAGCUGUUUGACCAGUCAGCAGCUGGGUGCUUCCUUUCUAGACUGGCUGGCUCGCUUCCCUGAAUCCCCUUUAUCACAGGUUUUGUGAGGUCCAUAAUCAGCUACAACAUUCAGGAUUAACUCUUGGCACUGUUGUAGAGAUUGAGAAAGCCUAAGCUCAGAGUCUGCCCUGCUCACUGAGAUCUCUUGAUGUUUCCAGUAGUAAACAAUACAGCAGGCAGAUCAGGCUCUGAUCUCCCUCAACUCCUUUGCUGUUUUAGAGCCAGCCUAUCCAUGCACCCCAUCUAGCCAGCCAGCCUUCUGUAUGGAACUUAGGAGCAAAACAAGAUAUCGGAGGAAGGCCUGCUCAGAUAUUCAGAAGAAUGCAUGAGACUGAAACUGCAGGAGUGCAUGCACCAUCCCUGCCUCCAGCAUCCCCACAUGUGCUGUCCCCAUCACCUCCUCUCAAGGUUUGAGCACAUAUAUCUACAGAGAUACUCUGUCCCUGCAGAUCUUUGUGCUCACAAGGUUGGGAGUGGCACACAGGGUGUUACUGGGGGGAGGGCCAGCAGUAUGUCCCUGUCCCUAUAUAGUCUGAACUCUCGUUUUCAGUGCAAGACUUGUGUCUCUUUUUCUUGUAUCUGCUGUGUGUGUAUCUGCAUGUGUCUGUGUGUUUACUGCUGCCCUUGCAUACGGUCUACAGAAUCCUGGAAACAGCACCAGGACUGUGGCACAUACUUGCUCUGUAUAGGGGCCAGCUAGUCUCACUAUACAUAUUUUACAGUGCUACAAAAGACACUCCACAAUCCUCUGCAAUGCACCUUGGUUCCUUGGCAGACAACUCAAUGUGGAAAGCACUUCUUGAUGCCAGCAAAUUUUGAAAUCUUGUAAUACGUAUAUACUUAAUGGCUUGGAUUAAUCAGGCCCAAAAGAAGAAUGCCUACUGUAUUGAUAAGUGUUUUCAAAAGGACUUUUAUUAAUUGGUUUUUAAAAGAAUCUGAACGCCUUUGUUUCCAGCAUUUUAAAAUGGUUUCAUUUGGCAGGAUCGUUUUAAAUGUUUCUAUGGAAUCUUUUCUGCAUAUGCAAAACUGUAUUUAUGUCAAGAUCUUUAUAAUGUAUGUAUGUAUGAUACAGUGAUAUUUUCUUUUAUUACAUUUAUAAUUUGAUCUUGCUGUAUUUAUAAUGCCAGUGAAUGUUGCUGAAUUAUUUGUAUAUGCAAAUUCCAAGAUCUAAUAAUUCUGAUGCAAGAACAAGGCUUCAUUUUUAUUUUCAGGCUGUAUUUUUUUCUUUAAAUCUCUUAAUAUCAUUCCUCUGCUAUUU